AAAAAGAAAAAAAAAGAAAGGAGAUGUACUUAAUAAGAACUGAACCGCUAGGGAAAGUAAAAUUCUUACAAUCUCCUUUAAGAACUUGAGAGAAAAAGAGAUUCAGUAUAAUCUUGUGACAAAUAUACUGAAAGUCUUUGUAAGUAGUCCUCAUUUGCCACUGCCUUGUUUAGCAACCUUUCAUAAUUAUGAUGGUGGUGAAGAAGUAACUUUACAACCAAUCCCCAUAUUUACAAUCUUUGCAGAUCUGUAAAUCAAAAGAAAGCUGAAGCAAGUUCAUAAGCAUAGUUGCAUUUUCAUUUAGUCACUACUUUGCUUAAUGAUUGAGUUGCCAUCCCAGUUGUGGUUUCUAAACAAGGACCACCUGUAAAGGUAAAUAGAAACUGUCAGAUAUCAAAGAGUCUGGUAGCACCUUUUCAGACUAACAGGUUUUAUGAAGAGGCAUAAACUUAUAAGCUAUACAGUAAGUAAAUUAUAACUAUCAGAUUCAUGGGCCACAUAUCAAACAAAAGUUCAGAUACAGGGCUGCCAGCCAAUAUAGAUGGUCUUUAAAUGUUGCUGAACUUUGCUACAACAGACACAGCUUCUCUGUAUUUUCAACGCAUGUCAGUACAAAGUGCUUUUCAAAAAUGGUUUCAUGCGCUCUAAACCAUCAAUCAGAGUCACCUUUAUUUUGUUUAAUCUGAUCAAUAUAACUUCAGACAGUUUCUCUGGUGUAAUGUUGAGAUAUACAACUGGGUAUCAUCAGCAUAUUGGUGGUGCCUGACUCCAUACUGACAGAUAACCUCACCCAGAAGUUUCAUGUAGAUGGUAAACAGAAGGGGAGACAGCAUGAAACCCUGUGGCACCCAACAAGUGAUGACCGAUGGGCACAGUCUCUCUCCAUCUUCCAACAACUUAUUUCAAGCUUCAUCUUUCCAUAUACAAUAAUUUCUUCAACUAACCGUUUGUGGUCAGCAACAUUUCUGGAAGAUUAAAGACACUCUUGGAUUUGCAGAAUAUUGGAAGAGAUUAAUUAUGUCCAAAAUAACUACAGAACUUCUGUUGGAAAGAGCAGUGCCCAAAUCUACAAGGCUACGAAAGAUCAAAACGCUGAACCUGUCCAAGUUGCAAAUAACUACAGAAGAUUUGGAGCCACAGUUAUUCUCUCAUCUCCGCCAUCUCCAGGAACUUGAUCUCUCUGACAAUCUCUUAGAACGGCUUCCUGACAAUCUCAGUUUGCCAAACCUCCGCAUCCUAAAUUGUAACAACAAUCACUUGGAAGAUGUGACAACCUUGCAGCAGUUUCCACAGCUGGAGGAGCUCACCUAUACCAACAAUGUAUACCUGACACCCAGUGACGAUUACAAGGUAAUAUUUCUUUUGCAAAAUCUCCGUCAGUUGAAUGGCAAAGACAUCACCAAGCUGGCCAAUCAUGUGAGAGUCGUCAACAGCCGAGAGCUGACUAAUAGAGUCUCUGCUCAUUGGGGGAAAAAUUUUCGGAACCAGAUGUCUAAAACACUGUCUCCUGAACAACUGAAGCCAAUUAGAAAAAAGUUCAUCAAGUCUGCACAAGCUCAUGUAGCAUAUGGUCCCAGCUCACUCAGCGAUUACACACGUUGGAGGGUGAAAAUGAUUGCUGAGGAAUUCCUGACUUCCUUGAUUAAUGAGGAACAUAAGCCUGCUACAGAAGCAGCGGAAUCAAUGGAGGAGCCGGAGGAGGAGGAGGAGGAGGAGGAGGAAGAGGAGAAAGAAGAGGAGGGAGAAGAAGAGAAAGAAGAAAUUAAAAAAAGUACCACGGAUGCUGACAGUAAAGUUACUGCUAAGGGCCAAGUAACUCCCAGCAAAAGGAAAGGGGCUCGUUCCAAAGGAAGGGCAAAGAGCAAGAGAUCCCAUUCCCAAAGCAGCUCCAAGGAAGAAGCAUCACCCAGCCCCAAGAAGCUUAGCCGCUUGCAGGAUGAGCGCAGUACUGAGGCCACAAGAGCCUCACGCCCACAGGCCAAGGAAUCCCAGACCCCUCCGGAUUCUGAUGGAGCCCAUCGGAAUGGAGGGCGGCUUCCAAAAGGACAAAGCCACAAAAAAGUCACUCAGCAGAAAAAAGAGCACAAAGAGGAAGAGGAGGAUGCUUGCAGCACCCCGGUGAAGGACUUGGAAUGUGAGGAGACAAUCACCCUGGAUCCGGUCCAUUUUCUACAGUGUCACAGUAAGGCCAAUAACAGGGAUGACUUCAAGACUCAGUUAUGGGCCUGUGUUUUUGAACCACCACUAGAUUGUGGGACGAGAAAAGACCCUGUGGUGAGCUCCUCUAGGACAGCAGCUACCUGUGGCGGAGAUUCUGUUUGUUUGGUUGACUGUGAAACAGGCAUUGUUUUGAAAAAGUACAAAGUGACAGGGGAGGAGUUUUACACUGUCACAUGGACAACUCUGACAAUGGUAACAAGUGAUGGGAGAAAGAAAAAACACAAUGUUUUGGCGGCUGCCGGGAGAAGAGGAAUCGUAAAGCUAAUUCAUGUGACUGCUGAUUAUUGUUAUGGAGAAAUCAAGGCUCACAAGAAACCCAUUGCUACUGCUUGCUUUAGUCCAACCUGUGAAACGCACCUUUUCACUGCGUCCUAUGACAAAAAAAUAUGUGCAUGGGAUAUUGGGAUUCCAGACUGUGAUUAUAAUUUCAAAGAAAGGCAGCUGAUGGUACUGGAGACCAUUUCCACACCUUUACGUAUUGCCCUAGUGCCCUCUUGCCCAGAUCGGUUCUUGGUGGCUGGUUGCGAACAAGGCUGCUUUGCCUGGGAUAUUAGACUUGAUGAUAAGCCACAGAAAAACAGAGCUUUUGAAGUUGAAUUUCAGUUUCCAGAUGAUGAAGGGAAUGACACGUCUUCUCACCGGGUGGAUGGCCUAGCCUUUCUGAAUGAAGACAUUGUGGUUACCAAGAGUUCAAAGAGAGCAUCUAUAAACCUCUGGAGCUGGAGUCGCUCUUUCAAACAAGGCAAAGGUGGGCGGAGGACAGUGCAGGCUGUCAUUCUGGCUGAACUGGAAUGGUCUUCAACAGAUCUUCCUUACCUCACCCUCAGCACAUGCCCAACAGAAGAAUAUGUGUUCUGUGGUGAUGAGAAAGGAAGCAUCUGGAUGUAUGACCUCAGCAACCAUUUGUCAGCUCUUUGUGCCACCAAGGAAGAUUGUCCAACCGAGCGAAUAGGGCCUUCCCAGAUUCUAAAAUGGCCGGAAUUGAAGGCAAAUGGCGAGUUGCUGACAGAUGUCUUGGUGAAUAACGUGGUCACAGAUCCCACUUUCACAUAUCUAGUCGCACUGACAGAUGUCAACAUUGCCGCAAUAUGGAAGAAAGUCUAGCCAUGUUGGCAACCCAGGAGCAACCCCAUUUUUUCAACCACAUUUCAGUAGUGCAGUAUUUGUGACUGUUCUGAGAAUAAUCAGGGUGGGAUAGGGAUAGGGACGGGCAUCGAUGGGAUGAAAUUCAUAUAUAUAGAUAUAUAUAGAUAUAUCUCAAUGCAAGAAAAUCAACCAAAGGUAUUGGCUGGAACUAUAUGAUGUUGCCAAUGCCGACAUCUCUUAACUGUGACUUUGCUUUAUUGGUGUCUUAAGUGUAUUUGUUUUAUAGGACAGUAUUUAAUAAAACUUGAUACAACAUAA